AUGGCUACUCGGGAUGAUGAUUGGUCUCAUAUCACCGACAUUAACGAGCGACGCAAAGCGCAGAAUCGGAUUGCGCAACGAAAUUACCGUUCGCGACAACGAAUGCGUAUCGAGCUUGCAGAGGCGAUUCUUUUCGACCUCCCACAUUUGAAAUCCGCGGCGGCGCAACAAAGAUGGAAUGAAACCAGUAGCAAUAGCGGAAGCAACACUAGGUCCAGGACGCCCGAACUGUUCGAUACGCCAUACCAAAAUGACUCCACGGUCGAUUUCCUGGACGUAUCAGGCUUGGAGGACUUUGAAUCCCCUAGUGCCUCGGCCAACGGCCUAGACUGCAUUGAUGCAACGCUCAAUCCGGCCAACACACAAAUAACCACAACCCAAACAGCCCUGCGAGAGACAUCGACAUCACAAACGCAGAGCCAAAAACAGAAUCAACCUCAAUUACAGCUACCGACGACCAAUACAAUAUGCGAGAUUCGAGCAACGCAAAAUGGACAUUCCUCCACACCUCCAACCAGCCAAAGCCAAGCACAAACACACAACAGCCCGAGCGAUGCGUUCAGCUGUCUGACAGACUUUAACGAUCCUAUACACUCUACUGAUUCCGUGGCUUUGUCGACAGUCGAUAGUAUCGGUACCCCCCCGAGCUUGAAAGUCUUCACACCUCCGUCAUCAACAACAAGCUCAUGCAGCUCAAUUCUACCCAACGAUACCAUAACAGAAUGCACACCGCUUCUAAGUGCCGUGAUGCGCGGCAAUAUCGAAAUAGCACGGUUACUGAUCAAGGGCGGAGGCAAAGUCGAUGCGAAGAACCAAUCAGAGAAGACUGCGCUUCAUUUAGCCGUCGAAAGGGGAGAUACAGUAGCAGCGCGGACAUUGCUCGAUUUGGGUGCCGACAUCACUAUACCAGAUGACUCGGGAACGAGCGUGUUUCAUAGGGCAAUCAUUCGUGACGACAUUGAGCAGCUGCGGGCGUUGUUGAAGUGGUGCGAGGAAAAGAGCCGAUUACGACAGUUUGAAGGGCUUUUGAAACGCUGCAUCGGACUGAAAGAUGCCCAGAAGAAGACGCUGGUGCAUUUGGCAGUAGUUUUGGAGAGGAUAGAUAUCUUGAAGCUGUUGCUGGAGUUUGGGGCGGAUGUGAACGAGUGA